AGACAUGCUGACUCUCAUGUAAGUGUAGUCUGUUUGGAAAAGUUACCACUGAACACAGGGAGAAGUUGCUGAUUCCACAUCAGAAUACAUAGAAUACAUUCUGGCAGGAAAUAAGCUGUUUCCUUUUCUAAGUGGAAUGUGUCCAUGUGGAACUGCCUAAGAGUGAAAGGAUAAUGCAUCUUGAACUGAAUGAGAGCAUUGAAGUCCAGCAAUUAUCAGUGAUUUGGUGACACGCAGAACUUGCAAUGCAGGCAAUAAAAACCGUGGAAAAAGAAGUGACUUUUAUAAAAGAAACACUUUUCACAGAAUCCUUCCUAAAGAAACAGGAGUGCAGCAGAAGCCCAGAGAGUAGGCAGCUCUGUGAGCAGCAGCCAUUGGAAGGAGCUGUCUGCAGCUCGCAGUGCUGUACUGAGCAUGUCCCAGCGGAGCCCAGUGCAAGCAGCACAUUAUGCAAAAAGGCAGCUCUAGCAGAUGGGAGAGAGGCACAGCAAGCAUUUGCUUCACUUGCAUCACCACCGCUUGAAAACAAACCUGGAUUGCUAGAGGGGAUCUUGCCGGCAGGCCAAGGGAGAGAAACCCGGGAGCAUGGCUUGAUUACUGAAGGUGCUGCGUUGCGAAAAAUCAUGGGGAAUCAAGAUGGGAAGCUAAAGAAAAAUGCAGGUGAUGUGCAUGAAGGAGGAGAGGAUGCCUCUGGGCCGAAGGAUACAGAUGGCACAAAGAAGGUAUCGGGAAGCAAAAAGGGACUGGGGAAGCAUGCAAAAGGAAGCGAAUCUGGUAAAAAGAAAGGUAAAUCAGAUUCGAGAGCCUCUGUGUUUUCAAAUUUGAGGAUUAGAAAAAAUCUGUCCAAGGCUAAAGAUGGGAAUAGUAGUUCAAGGGAGGAUGUUUUGGAAAGUCAGGCCUUGCCAGCCGGAGAGCUGGACAGUACUCAUUCGAUCAUUACCAAAACUCCAGAUAUAAGCAUCUCUGCAGAUGAAGGGGGUCUUUCUGAUACAGAUGCUGAACAUUUUGAAAUCAGAAAUGAAACUGUCCCAGUUGCUGCAGAGACACAGGAUGGACAAAGGACCAGCUCUGGCUCUGAUACGGAUAUAUACAGUUUCCAUUCAGCCACAGAACAAGAGGAUUUGCUUUCUGAUAUCCAGCAAGCUAUUAGACUGCAGCAGCAGCAGCAGGGGGCAAUUAACAUUGGAACGGAGGACCUUGUCACCAAAACAAUGGGCCGACACAUGGCUAAUUCGCAAGCAGCCCCUUUGGAUUUUGAACGGUUUCUUUCAGUAACCACCGCUGACAAAGAGAGUAGCCCCGACGCUGUGGAGGCUUUUCCAGCAGUAUCUGAAAUUGCAGAAGACGUUCCUGUUUCCUGUGCAACUGAACGUGAACAGAAAGAAGCGGUAAAUGGAACAGGCUCUCCUGGUAACGGUUUAUUUGAACCACAAGAACGUAAGCAAUUGCCUGAGGAACAGCUCACUGCUGGAGUGGACGCUGUAGCUUGUGAGCUAGAAGGUGAUUUAAAUAGAACUGAGAUAGAAAAUGGGUCUGAGGCACGCAGCUCCACAAUACAUCCUCCAACCUCAGCAGCGGAUUCUGAGGCUAAAAUUGCUGAAGUGCAGGCUGUUGAUUUCCAAGGUUCAGUAACAGAGGAUGGUGCUUCAGAUGUAGGCCGAGAUUAUGCUGCUGGGACUCAGGAAGGGAAACGCACUCCAUCAGCCAGUCAAGAGGACUUGCAUAAUGGUUUAUCUAUGGAAAUGAAAAAUGGCAUUUUACCCUCUGAAGGAACAGCAGGAAGUCCAAUGUUUGGCUCCCGAUGCUUUAAGCCCUAUCUAAUUAAUCCUUGUUACAUCAAAACCACAACUAGGCAACUGAGUUCUCCCAACCAUUCACCUUCUCCCUCCCCAUCUCAGAGCCCGCUUUUUACAAGGAGACAAGAGUCCUUCCACAAAAAAGAAAAAGUUCCUAUUAAGAAGCAGAGGUCUGCUAGUUUGGCUGGUUUAUUUAGCCGUUCAGCAGACUGGACAGAAGAAGUAUCUAAACACAAAAGUGAGAUAACACAGAAGGUGGGCUCUGCAGGCUACUUGGAGCAUAAGGGGUUUAGUGAGAAAUUUCAAACAGAAAGAGUGCCUUUGACUCAUUCAAGAAAGUCCUCAGGGGUGCAAGCUUCUACAGAGGCAUUUCCCAAUGUCUUUUCAGGACGAACUCUGCUGGAAAAGCUCUUCAGCCAGCAGGAAAAUGCACCGCAAGAAGAAGCAGAAAAGCUAUGUUCUCGUAUUAUCGCAUUGGGUCUCUUACUUCCAUUCACCGAUUGCUUCAGAGAACCAUGUAAUCAGAGUGCCCAGCAAAGCACACCCACUUUUGAUCAAGACCAGCUUUAUACUUGGGCUGCAGUUAGCCAACCCACACAUUCAUCGGAUUACAUUGAAGGAAGCUUUCCAAGGAGAAUUCCGUCUGCGUGGCCCCCACCCAAACCUCCAGAUGAAGAACAAAGACUUAAAAUUCCAGAUGCAGAAUCAGAGUCGAAAUCUACUGUGCUAGAAGCAGAAAAAGAACACACAGAAGAUGUUCAGCAGGUACAGAAAGAAGACUGUUCCACAGUACCUGGGUCCUGGGAUGAUUUGGAAGUGAAAUCUGAGGAGCGUGCCAGUGUCAUCCAGAAGCUUGAGCAAACUAUUGAGGAUCUGAGGACUAAAAUUGCAGAACUAGAGAAACAGUUCCCUGCUACAGAAGUACAGGCUACUGAGAAGGAGCAGGAAAAUGAGCAUGUGCAUACUGCCUGCAGGGAGUUCAGUAAUGUGACUCUUCAAACACAUGGAAAGGAGACUGUGCCCAGAACUGUGUCACAAGCAAGAUCUGUACAAACGUCACCAACAGAAGAUUAUUCAGUACACGCAAUGCCUUCAGCCAACACACUGCCGCUGCCCCCUUCUCCACUGCACUUGGAAAGCAGCAAAAGUGAAGAGCCAUCUGAGAAAUUGCCAGCUCUAGAAUUACAGCCUACAUUUUGUUCUGAAAUCUCCUUAAUUCUGUCACCGAAAUUAAUCUCGGUGCCACUGGAUGCAAGCCAAUCAGUACAGACUGCUUCACAGUCACCUCUUCCAGGACCCAAAGCUAAUUUGUCCCUUGCAUUUGAAGGCGAGACUGAAUUUUCUGCUCCUCAUCAAUUGAUAGGUAUUAGAAAUGUGACUUGUAGCGAACAUUCCCUUUCUUUACCCCCAGAGCCCACAUGUAGCAUCCCCUCAUCACUAUCGACCACUGCACACACUGCUCCUGUACCUGGGGUGCAUGGCUCUUCCGUCACUGCUCCCAUGCCUGUGGCAGGAGUACCACUCCCGCCACCCCUGCCUGGCUCAGGACUCCCUCUGCCUUUUGCUGGCCCAGCAAUGCCACACCUGGACCACUCUUUGCCUGAUGUAACAACAGCACCCCAGCAGCUGCUGCCACCACCACCACCACCUCCUCCUCCUCCUCCUCCUUUGCCAAGUGGGGAGAUACCAGUGUUGCCUCCAGCUCCCUCUCUCCCAUGUACUGGAGUUCCACCACCACCUUUACCACCACCUCUGCCAGGAGCAGGAGUCUCACUCCCUCCUGGUUGGAGCAUCCCACCACCACCACCACCUUUACCUGCAGCUGGUGUCCCUCCCCCACUUCUUCCUCUGCCUGGCCUGGGAAUGCCACCCACAGCACCACCUCUAUCUGGAGUGGGAGAGCCACCACUUCCUCCACCUCUGCCUGGAGGGGCCAUCCCAUCAUUUCCUCCUCCACCACCACCCUUGCCUGGUGCAGGUGUCUCUUCACCACAACCGCCUCCGCCGCCUCCUCUACCUGGUGCAGGAGUCCCUCCUCCUCCGCCGCCUCCUCUACCUGGUGUGGGAGUCCCUCCUCCACCGCCGCCUCCGCCGCCUCCUCUACCUGGUGCAGGAGUCCCUCCUCCUCCGCCGCCUCCUCUACCUGGUGUGGGAGUCCCUCCUCCACCGCCUCCUCCGCCACCUCCUCUACCUGGUGCAGGAGUCCCUCCUCCACCGCCUCCUCCGCCACCUCCUCUACCUGGUGCGGGAGUCCCUCCUCCGCCACCUCCUCUACCUGGUGCGGGAGUCCCUCCUCCGCCACCUCCUCUACCUGGUGCGGGAGUCCCUCCUCCGCCACCUCCUCUACCUGGGUGGGGGGUGCCACCUGCAGCCCCGCCGCCUUUGCCUGGAGAAACAGCACCCCUUCCACCACCAGCUCAAGGCAGUGCCUAUACAGCAGUUCCACAAGUUGGUGGAUUUCUUCCUCCACCAUUACCAUCUGGUUUAUUUGCAAUGGGUAUGAAUCAGGAGAAAGGGAGCAGGAAACAUGUGAUAGAGCCUUCUCGACCAAUGAAGCCUCUUUACUGGACAAGAAUUCAGCUCCACAGUAAAAGAGAUUCUAGUGCUUCACUUGUGUGGGAAAAAAUUGAAGAGCCUUCAAUAGAUUAUCAUGAAUUUGAAGAACUAUUUUCUAAAACAGCUGUUAAAGAGAGGAAGAAACCUAUUUCGGACACCAUUACAAAAACAAAGACCAAACAAGUUGUCAAGUUAUUAAGUAACAAAAGAUCUCAAGCUGUUGGAAUAUUAAUGUCUAGCCUUCACUUAGACAUGAGGGACAUUCAGCACGCUGUUGUGAACUUAGACAACUCUGUGGUUGACCUGGAGACCCUUCAAGCCCUCUAUGAGAAUAGAGCACAAUCAGAUGAAUUAGAAAAAAUAGAAAAACACAGCAAGGCGUCUAAGGAAAAAGAAAAUGCUAAGUCUUUGGAUAAACCGGAACAGUUCCUCUAUGAACUCUCGUUAAUUCCCAACUUUUCAGAACGUGUAUUUUGCAUCUUGUUUCAGUCAACAUUUUCAGAAAGCAUUUGUUCAAUCCAUCGCAAACUUGAAUUAUUACAGAAACUCUGUGAGACACUGAAAAAUGGGUCAGGAGUUAUGCAGGUCUUAGGUUUGGUUCUUGCCUUUGGAAAUUACAUGAAUGGUGGAAAUAGAACACGAGGACAGGCUGAUGGGUUUGGACUAGAUAUCCUGCCAAAACUGAAAGAUGUCAAGAGCAGUGACAACAGCAGAAGUCUUCUAUCUUAUAUUGUCUCAUACUAUUUGCGUAAUUUUGAUGAGGAUGCUGGGAAAGAGCAAUGCAUCUUUCCUCUUCCAGAGCCACAGGAUCUCUUUCAGGCUUCACAGCUGAAGUUUGAAGACUUUCAAAAGGAUCUCCGCAAAAUGAAGAAAGAUUUGCGAGUAUGUGAGACAGAAGCAGCAAAAGUUUAUCAGCUAUCACUAGAAGAGCACCUACAACCUUUCAAAGACAGCAUGGAGCAAUUCAUUAGUCAAGCUAAAAUAGACCAAGAAAAUGAAGAGAAGUCACUGACGGAAGCACAUAAAAGCUUUUUGGAAACUGCAGCCUAUUUCUGUAUGAAACCAAAAAUGGGAGAGAAAGAGGUAUCCCCGCAUUCUUUCUUCAAUAUUUGGCAUGAAUUCAGUUCUGACUUCAAAGACUUCUGGAAGAAAGAAAACAAACUUAUUCUUCAAGAAAGAGUUAAAGAAGCAGAGGAAGUCUGCAGACAGAAAAAGGGGAAAUCACUAUACAAUAUAAGACCAAAACAUGACUCUGGAAUUAAAGCCAAGAUAAGUAUGAAAAUCUGACAGAAGAAAAGCAAAAGCCAUUGUUACCUGGUUACCAAAACUCAACAUGUCUGUGGGUGGGGUAUGAGGGGGAAGGAAACUACAUCAUCCUGAUCAUUUGCUUUUUGGACCUUUUGAAUUCGCUUUUUGUUCUCUGGAGUUUUCCACCAGUUGAUGUGUUAAUGUGCAUUCAUGAACGAGUGUAAUCACUUUAAUGGAGUGCCCGGCAAUAGACUAGAUAUUGACUUGAAACACCUUCCCUGUAUUCAGUAUCUCCUUUACCACUCAAAGAUGAUAUUUUGUAAAGUGUAUGGUAUACUACAAAUAGGCCAAGUCAGCAUGCACAAAAACAGUAUCUGCGUCAGUUCUGAACAUGCUGAAAAUUGCAUUAAGUUGAACUUCAUAAGAAUACUACUUGAUAAAGUAAAACAUUUCCAUUCCUACUGGCAACAUAUGUCGAACGCAGAUACUUCAUGACACUGCACUUAGAUUAGGGAAAGAAAUGUUACUCCUAGUGAAUUGUUUGUAUCCGUUUCAUGUUGGCAUAUGUAGUUUGUAUUUUGAAUCGUUAAGUGCUGCUUUUACAGUAUAAUCAAUGCUUUCCCAACUUGUUUGGUUGCCCUCCAUGGCUAAAUAUUUGUGGAACAAGAUGUUUACUGUAACUAUGUUUAAAAUCGAUAAGGCAACAUACUUUUAUGACUUUUACUUCAUCUUUUGCCAGAUAGUGAAUGCCAGGUGGUAAUGGGGGUCAGAAAUCCACCAUUAAUAAAAAGGGGGGGGGGGGGGGGGGGAGGGGGAAGGGAGCAAGACAAUAGAGAAAAGCACAGAAGUACUAUAGAGAGAAUAUGAGAGAGAUUUGGCUGUUAUAGUUUGUUAACAUAUAAAGCAGCUAAUAAUUUUACAUGAACUUUAGAAAGCGUAGUAUAGAUUUAACUGCUGAUAAGUCGGACAGGCUUUUGGCCAUGCAUAUAUGACUUCUCUUUUGGAAUUAGCUUUACACUUACUUUAAAACUCCUUUAGAGAGCCGUUAAAGAUGCACAUGGAGACUGACAUUUAUGAAAAACAGUAGCCAAUUCUAGUGAAAGACACAGACUACCAACUAAUUGACAUUAAUUUCACACUUAGCAUAGUUGCAGUUUUCCUCCAGGCUUUCUCUGUCCCUUGCUAGGAGAUUAAUGAUUGAAAUUUAUGGCACAUGCUUUAUUUCUAUUUGCAGUCUAGAAUUGAUUAUAUCAGCCUUGAUCUGCUCAACCAAUAAGAAUUCUUUCCUCCAGUCAUGAUUAAAUAGCACCAAAACAAUCUGCCUGACUGAUAACGUUCUGUUUUCAAGGCUUGCUUUUCCUGAAAGCAGCCAGAGUGUGAUACUGAAUUGGAGGCACAUGCUUCAUUCAGCCUUGGAACCUGAGAGACACUGGAGUAAAAAAGCAAUUGAGGUCUAACCUGCGGGGGUGUGUUAUUCCCUGUCUAAUCUAGCACAUCAUCAGACAUUCCUAGCUGUCCAGAAGCUACUAUACUAUACAAGUGUCAUAAAAGAAGUGUGAAAUAUGACCUCAGGAAUCUGUUAUUCUUCACGUAUACCAAGCACUAGAAAAGAUGUUUUUUUUUUCACUAUGUGAAAAGUAAGUCUCCUGUUGCUGACAAACCUAUUUGAAAUUCUGUAGUCGUAAUAAUUUCUGUCAGGGAUAUAAAUUACUGAAAAUGGAGUUCUAAAAUUUUGUGUUGAUGGGAGUAACAUUACUAUUUGGGGGAGUAAGAAGAAGAGAUUAUUUGUUGUUACAACUAACUUAUGGAAAAAAAAAACUUUAAAAAAUAAAGCUAUUUUAAUGGCACUGAUUCAAAUCCAUGUUUGUAUUUAUGUAAACAGUAGUCUUUUCCUCUUAACUUUGCUCCUAAGUGCAAGAAUACAGUAGCAUGUUUUCAUUUGUAGCCUUCCUGUUCCCUUCAGUACCUACAGUAUGUAUAUUAUACUAAAUGAAAUAAUAGAUCAUCUAACAAAGAUCACUAUGUGCAAUACUGUAUUUAGUGUUUCUAUUUCAAUUUUUUUUAGAAUGUUAAUUUAUAUGAAAAUAAAAGGAAUAAUAACAAAA